AUGGCUGUCAUGGGAGUAACAAGACGAAGCCUGUGCGGCUCCAAAAUUGCUGUCUACCAAUUCGCAUCAUUCAAUAUCAAGGCGAUGGCAGUUGAGAUUCACAUAAAUGCAGUGAACUUGGAAGCAGCCAUGGAUCUUCUCCUUCCUCUUCUUUCUUCAAUGUUUCUGUUUAUAAUGGUUGGAGAAGCAAAUCAUCCUUCCUUAGAGCCACAAGUCUAUUGGCGCACCAUUCUUCCUAAUACUCCUAUGCCAAGUGCUAUUGCACAACUCCUCCAGCCAGACGUGUACAACAAGAACACAGACACCUCAGUGACCGCCGGUAAGAACGGAGUCAACGUCAACACCGGCAAAGACACCACAGUUAGCGUCGGCAAUGAUGGGGUCAACGUCAACACCGGCAAAGGCACCACAGUCGACGUCGGUCAUGGCGGAGUCAAUGUCAACACUGGUAAGUCAAAGCCUGGCGGCACCACCGUUGGGGUCGGAAAAGGCGGAGUCGACGUCCACACCGGCAAAGGCACCUCCGUCAACGUCGGCCACGGAGGCGUCGGCGUCCAAACUGGUCCAAAUCACAAGCCCGGCGGCACCACCGUCAACGUCGGCAAGGGCGGCGUUGGCGUCGUAGUGAAACCCAAGGGCAAGCCCGUCGUUGUCCACGUCAGCCCCUUCGUCUACAAUUACGCCGCUUCCGAUGAUCAAUUUCUGGCAAGGUAUAUGACGCUCUGA